AGAUAAUGGAUUUACAAUAGCAUUCCAUUUCUUUUCUUAGUUGAUAUUUGUCCCCAAUUUAUAUAUAUAUAACUAAUGGCAAAAUGUGCUAACAGCAAUCUCUAAUCUCAGAAACAAACUAAAGAUUAUGUGAACUGUGGAAUUCUGGGACAACGCUAGGGAUCUACUUCAAGACUGAACACUCAGUUCAGUGUGUUUCUUUCUGGCACCAUCAUCAUUCUGUCACACAUGAUAUCAGAACUCUUUUUUUUUAAUUAUAUUACUAAUGGAAAAAAUGAAGUGGAGAGGGGAUUCAGGAGAGCAGCCCUGGACAAAGGCAUCUAUAUGUCAUGGUUAUGGCUUCAACCAAAGGAAAUCAUGAGAAACCAGGAAAGGAGACUCAACAAUAUUGGCCAUAUCAAGAUGUCUUCUUCAAGGAUCAUACUGGCAUAUAUAAUCUCAUUUAUGUUGGAGGGUCCCAUUUUACACUCUUUAGGUUUCAGGUAACAAAAAUGAAAACUGAACUAGCUGAAGGAAAAAGGGGGUUUGAAAAAAUAAGCCUCAGGAAGAGCUUGGAUAUUCUCCAGACCCAUCUGGGAUUUUGCUCCUUUCAAAUGGCAGCUUCAUUCUUUCUUACUGCAGCCUAGUGAUCUCUACAUAGAAAGAAACAUAGCCAGGCCAGGUCUGUAAAUCUAGAUCUCAAAAGCCACAAUGAAAGACUGAAUAUGAGCUGUUUCUUUCUCAUGCACAUAGUCUCACGGAAGAGUCUCAGUGGGAGUGACCAUUUUUCACCUAAUCAACAGUAACCUAGGCAUUUUGAUUGGUUCAGUGUAGAACUGGAGAGUCGGGGUAGGCUGUACCAUAGAGGCAAAUUCAGGUUAAAAAUGUAAAUCUGGAGGAAGGGCAGUUCCUCGAAAUGGGGUACUAAGCAGAUAAUCUCCGGUGUUUGUCUGUUGGUUAGUAAAAUACCUGUAGAUACAACCAUGUUAGAUUAGUCAGUUUUAUUUAUUUUUUUUUCAGAUUUCGAGUAACAACAACACAUGUAACUCAGUUGGUAGAGAUUUAUCAUAAAGAUGCAUAGGAAAGUGAAGAAGUACAGAGAUCAAUUUUAGCAAGCCUCUAGCAAUCCAGUUAGUAUAUCCCUCCUUCUACAUCAGGUAGUAAAUUGUCCCUACUCUGGUGUUCCUUCUUUAUGACUCAGCCGAGACCAGAAACAAAAUGACAGCAUAUACAGAAAGAACUAAUUCUUGUCUCUGCCUCAUGGCUUCUAAUUUCUCAUCCUUCAGACUUGCCCCCACAGGGUCCCACCCUCCUGUCUACAUCUCCAGGUCUUAAAUGAUCUGAACUAGGCUCUGAUUGGGAAGACCAGUCAUCUUGAAAUGUAGGAUGCUUCUGCUUGGUAGUGCUUUCAUGCCAAUCCAUCUUACAAGCUGCUGGUCAGACAAUCACUUUUAACCAGGACCAAUCAUGUUUCAAUUAGUUAGAGAGAGGAAAAUGGGAUCAAAGCAGAACAAACUGAGUAUCUGAGGCCUUGUAGAGGCUAUCUAGUAUAUAUACACAAACACACACACAUACAAAAUAGACUAAUUUUUUAACCAAUGAAUAUUAAUUGAAAACCCUCUUUUGCAAAGAAUUAUUCUAGAGGUGAUAGGUGAGACCAAGAUGUAUGGAAUUCCUGCCACAGAAGAGUAAGUAUAAAAUUGAUGGGGGAGUGGGUGGUAAAAAUGAUCACAAUGGACACGAGUAGAAAAAAAAAAACCCAAAAUAUCCAGACUAUUUUUUGCCCACAAUUUAAGGUAAAAUAAAUAACCCAUUUCUCACUUCUUACAACAGAACUGGUAUCAGAAACAAAGACUUAGUUUUUUUAAUAAUGGAAAUUUUAAAAAGAAGUAGCUUUCAUGGAGGAGAGGUGUCUAAGAGUCAUAAGAAGCAGAAGGGGAUUUAAGGACAAAAGAGUGAGAAGAGAUUGAAUGAAAGGAAAGAAACCAGAGGGGGUGGGAGAUAAAAGUAGAAAACAAAGAUGAUCCCAAAGAGCAGUAAGCACAGUUCUGCACAAUCAGUACCAUUCUGGUCAAGUCACCAUCAUCUCCUUUAGGCUUAACUGCUUCCCACCCUAGGCUGCUUCUGGGUAACACAGCAUGCUCAUCUCCUUUGGCCUCCUCUCAAGGCCUGUUACUUGCUCUGGGCCUGAGAGGGAAGGCUUCAGGCUUCUGGGAUAAGACUGCUCUUUCUAUCUGUUCUCAGCUCCAUGGAAAUUCUUAAGGGACAGAGCUCUAGAUAAAAGCUGAGGAACAAAGGAGAGGUCUUAAAUGAUGAGUGAAGAGGCAGGAUGGCUUGAUUUUUAAGCUCCCUUGAUACUUUCUAUUUAUGUAUUUGCUACUUCUAGAGAAAGCAAAAGGAAAAUAAUUCAUACGUGAAAUGCCUGUGCAAAUUGCAAAGCAAUAACCUACUACCCUCAGGAGGUUCUGGCCCCUGCCCUGGGUAUAGUUUCAGAGUUAUAGAAGGCAAGGGGUAUGUAUACUGAUAUGACCCGGUCCCAGGAUAUUUUAGAUCCAGGGAAGGCCAGAGACUUCCAGAGCUAGCAAUGACCUGGGACUGGGACCAUGAACUUGCAGAGUGAGAACAUGGAAGGGACCUAAAGCUUGAUUCACUAUAGAAUAAUCCUAAUCAUUUGAGGUCCGUUAUCUCCUGACUUGGCCGCUUUAAAUUCUUUCAUACUAAACAGCUCACACUCUGGGCAACUUCUAGCUUUUCAGGACCAAAUCAAUACCUUUGGACUAGAAUCUGAAUAAUGAGAAUAAACCCAAACCAAGUUGUCCUAGAGCCCAAGAAAAGGGUGAAAACACCUAUAAAGUCUAAAACCCAAACAAUUUUACCUCCCCCUCCCAAGAAAAAAAUCAAACCCAUUGCCUUGCAGUCCAUUCUGAUAGGGACCCCAUAGGACAGAGUAGAACUGCCCAUAGGGUUUCCAAAGAGAGAGGCUGGUGGAUUAGAAUUGCCGACCUUCUGGUUAUCAGCCCAACUGUUAAUCACUGUACCAGCAGGGCUCCAAAAAUUUUACAAUCCAUACAAAUGUGGAGUUUUAGUUCGGCUCAGUGUCAGCCAGUUUGGGAAGGUGGGUGUUGGGAGAGACUGCAUAGAUGGGGAAGGAGGAUGAUUAUACCCCACCACUACCUAAUCUGCGGAGGCUCACACUACCCAAAAGUCAGUACUGAGUUUUAAACUAUUUGCUUAGUGUGGAGCAUGGGGGAACAGGGGAAGGAGGGAAAUGUUUUGCCCGAAGCGACGUGGAUUUUGCUUCUAUUUCUAGGGAUGUCUCUGGCUGUGGAUUAGCACCUUGGGGCAAUGGCGAAUGGUGACUUCGUUUUUACGAAACAACCUUUAAACACCCCUCCGGUAAUUUGCCCACUCCGCGGGCCAGCUGUCCUGGGCUUCUGCCGGGGCGGGAGGGGGAGUGUUUUAGUCGGUGGCCUCGGAUUAGCCCUUUAAUACCAGCUUCCCCCGCCCCCAACACCCUUCUCCAUCUCCCUGACAGGUGUUUUCCCAACUCCUGAGGCCGAGGAUUUUGGGGAGUGGCUGAGCCAAUAAGAUUUCCCUUUGGGGGGGGCGGGGGAGAAGGCGUGGCUAGUAGGGUCAGAGCAGGGGCGGGGUUUGCGCGGCUGAGCAGAGCCUGCUUGGUUGCGUGGAGGGCUGUUUUAUUUUAUUUUUCCGGAGUCUCAUUAAUUUCUCUGUGGGGCUGCAGCUGGAGACCGCGGAGCGUUGGAAAUGACGCUCGGAGCUUUAAUUACCGCAGCCGCCGGACAAGUGUGAGGAAAAGCUGCGAGGGAAAGAAGGGCAGAAUCAGGGGAGAAGCGAGAAGCUCCCCCCACCCCGCCCGCCCCUUCCCUCCUGAUUUGGACUGGAGGUGCAGGGACCCAGAAAAAGGAGCCGAACGUAGCCCGGCUGGGGUGGAGAGGCCGGAAACCUACCGCCUCUUUGCAAUCAACUUUUUUUGGAAACCUUUUUCCCCCUUCCUUUUUAUUGUUGACCAACCAGAGCGAGAGAGAAAGUGAGGAGGGAGCGAGAAAGCAAAGGCUCACACGGGGACGUAGCUGCCCAGUCCGGCCGGCCCGAAGCACCACGCGCACACACUCGAGCACACUCCCACCGCACACACCCGCACGUAUACUCGAGCCCCCUCCCCGGCCCCGGCCCCGGCCCCGGCCCCGUGCGCGUGGACUCCUUCACCCGCCUCGGAAGCGGUUCUCCGCGCGCGCUGCCCGCCAGCCCCCCUCGCGCCCCACGCGCUCCGGGCUGAGGAAUCUUCUCCGCGUGCCAGAAAGGGGAUAUGCCAUUUGGACAUGUAAUUGUCAGCACGGGAUCUGAGACUUCCAAAAAAUGAAGCUGGCGACAGGACUGUGGGUCUGGGUGAGCCUUCUUGUGGCGGCGGGGACCGUCCAGCCCAGCGCUUCUCAGUCAGUGUGUGCAGGAACAGAGAAUAAACUGAGCUCUCUGUCUGACCUGGAACAGCAGUACCGAGCCUUGCGCAAAUACUAUGAGAACUGUGAAGUAGUCAUGGGCAACCUGGAGAUAACCAGCAUUGAGCACAACCGGGACCUCUCCUUCCUGCGGUCUAUUCGAGAAGUCACAGGCUACGUGUUAGUGGCUCUUAAUCAGUUUCGUUACCUGCCUCUGGAAAACUUACGUAUUAUUCGUGGGACAAAACUUUAUGAAGAUCGAUAUGCCUUGGCGAUAUUUUUAAACUACAGAAAAGAUGGGAACUUUGGACUUCAAGAACUUGGACUGAAGAACUUGACAGAAAUCCUGAAUGGCGGAGUCUAUGUAGACCAGAACAAAUUCCUUUGUUAUGCAGACACAAUUCACUGGCAAGAUAUUGUUCGGAAUCCAUGGCCUUCCAACUUGACUCUGGUAUCAACAAAUGGUAGCUCUGGAUGUGGACGUUGCCACAAGUCCUGUACUGGCCGAUGCUGGGGACCCACAGAAAAUCAUUGCCAGACUUUGACCAGGACAGUGUGCGCAGAACAAUGUGAUGGCAGGUGCUACGGACCCUACGUCAGUGACUGCUGCCAUCGAGAAUGUGCUGGAGGCUGCUCGGGACCUAAGGACACUGACUGCUUUGCCUGCAUGAAUUUCAAUGACAGUGGAGCAUGUGUUACUCAGUGUCCCCAAACUUUUGUCUACAAUCCAACCACCUUUCAAUUGGAGCACAAUUUCAAUGCUAAGUACACAUAUGGAGCAUUCUGUGUCAAGAAAUGCCCACAUAACUUUGUGGUAGAUUCCAGUUCUUGUGUACGUGCCUGUCCUAGUUCCAAGAUGGAAGUAGAAGAAAAUGGCAUCAAAAUGUGUAAACCUUGCACUGAUAUUUGCCCAAAAGCUUGCGACGGCAUUGGUACAGGAUCGUUGAUGUCAGCUCAGACCGUGGAUUCCAGUAACAUUGACAAAUUCAUAAACUGCACCAAGAUCAAUGGGAAUUUGAUCUUCCUUGUCACUGGGAUUCAUGGGGACCCUUACAAUGCAAUUGAAGCCAUAGACCCAGAGAAACUGAAUGUCUUUCGGACAGUCAGAGAGAUAACAGGAUUCUUGAACAUACAAUCAUGGCCCCCAAACAUGACCGACUUCAGUGUUUUCUCUAACCUGGUCACUAUUGGUGGACGAGUACUGUAUAGUGGCCUCUCCUUGCUUAUCCUCAAGCAACAGGGCAUCACUUCUCUGCAAUUUCAGUCUCUGAAGGAAAUCAGUGCAGGAAACAUCUACAUUACCGACAACAGCAAUUUAUGUUAUUAUCAUACCAUUAACUGGACAACGCUCUUCAGCACCAUCAACCAAAGAAUUGUGAUCCGGGAUAACAGGAAGGCUGAAAAUUGUACUGCAGAGGGAAUGGUAUGCAACCGUCUCUGUUCAAAUGAUGGCUGUUGGGGACCUGGGCCAGACCAGUGCCUGUCAUGCCGACGCUUCAGUAGGGGAAGGACCUGCAUAGAGUCUUGUAACCUCUAUGAUGGUGAAUUUCGGGAGUUUGAGAAUGGCUCCAUCUGUGUGGAGUGCGACCCCCAGUGUGAGAGGAUGGAAGAUGGCAUUCUCACAUGCCAUGGACCGGGACCUGACAACUGUACAAAGUGCUCCCAUUUUAAGGAUGGCCCAAACUGUGUGGAAAAGUGUCCAGAUGGCUUACAAGGGGCAAACAGUUUCAUUUUUAAGUACGCUGAUCAGGAUCGGGAAUGCCAUCCGUGUCAUCCGAACUGUACCCAAGGGUGUAGCGGUCCCACUAGUCAUGACUGCAUUUACUACCCAUGGACGGGCCAUUCCACUUUACCACAACAUGCUAGAACUCCCCUGAUUGCAGCUGGAGUCAUUGGUGGGCUCUUCAUCCUGGUCAUCAUGGGUCUGACAUUUGCAGUUUAUGUCAGAAGGAAAAGCAUCAAAAAGAAAAGAGCCUUGAGAAGAUUCCUGGAAACAGAGUUGGUAGAACCCUUAACUCCCAGUGGCACAGCACCCAAUCAAGCUCAGCUUCGUAUUUUGAAAGAAACUGAGCUCAAGAGAGUAAAAGUACUUGGAUCUGGUGCUUUUGGAACUGUUUAUAAAGGCAUUUGGGUACCUGAAGGAGAAACAGUGAAGAUUCCUGUGGCUAUUAAGAUCCUCAAUGAGACAACAGGCCCUAAAGCCAAUGUGGAGUUUAUGGAUGAAGCUCUGAUCAUGGCAAGUAUGGACCAUCCACACCUAGUUCGAUUAUUGGGUGUGUGUCUGAGCCCAACCAUUCAACUGGUCACGCAGCUUAUGCCCCAUGGCUGCCUGUUGGAUUACGUCCAUGAACACAAGGAUAACAUUGGUUCACAGCUGCUGCUUAACUGGUGUGUCCAGAUAGCUAAGGGAAUGAUGUACCUGGAAGAAAGACGGCUUGUUCAUCGGGAUUUGGCAGCCCGUAAUGUCUUAGUAAAAUCUCCAAAUCAUGUGAAAAUUACAGAUUUUGGCCUAGCCAGACUCUUGGAAGGAGAUGAAAAAGAGUAUAAUGCUGAUGGAGGGAAGAUGCCAAUUAAAUGGAUGGCUCUGGAAUGUAUACACUAUAGGAAAUUCACCCAUCAAAGUGAUGUUUGGAGCUAUGGAGUCACUAUAUGGGAACUGAUGACCUUUGGAGGAAAACCCUAUGAUGGAAUUCCAACUCGCGAAAUCCCUGAUUUAUUAGAGAAAGGAGAACGUUUGCCUCAGCCUCCCAUCUGCACCAUUGACGUCUACAUGGUCAUGGUUAAAUGUUGGAUGAUUGAUGCUGACAGUAGACCCAAAUUCAAGGAACUGGCUGCUGAAUUUUCCAGGAUGGCUCGAGACCCUCAAAGAUACCUAGUUAUUCAGGGUGAUGAUCGUAUGAAGCUUCCCAGUCCAAAUGACAGCAAGUUCUUUCAGAAUCUGUUAGACGAAGAGGAUCUAGAAGAUAUGAUGGACGCUGAGGAGUACCUGGUCCCUCAGGCUUUCAACAUCCCACCUCCCAUCUACACUUCCAGAGCAAGAAUUGACUCAAAUAGGAGUGAAAUUGGACACAGCCCUCCUCCUGCCUACACCCCUAUGUCAGGAAACCAGUUCGUAUACCGAGAUGGGGGCUUGGCUCCAGAACAAGGCAUGUCUGUGCCGUACAGAGCCACGACCAGCACGAUCCCAGAAGCUCCAGUGACUCAGGGUGCUACAGCCGAGAUUUUCGAUGACUCUUGCUGUAAUGGUACUCUGCGUAAGCCAGUGGCACCCCAUGUCCAAGAGGACAGCAGCACCCAGAGGUACAGUGCUGACCCUACGGUGUUUGCCCCAGAACGGAGCCCACGAGGAGAGCUGGAUGAAGAAGGCUACAUGACUCCUAUGCGAGACAAACCCAAACAAGAAUACUUGAACCCUGUGGAGGAGAAUCCUUUUGUUUCUCGGAGGAAAAAUGGUGACCUUCAAGCUUUGGAUAAUCCUGAAUACCACAGUGCUUCCAGUGGUCCACCCAAGGCGGAGGAUGAGUACGUGAACGAGCCACUGUACCUCAACACCUUUGCCAACGCCCUGGGGAAUGCCGAAUAUCUGAAGAACAACAUACUGUCGGUGCCAGAGAAGGCCAAGAAAGCUUUCGACAACCCUGACUACUGGAACCACAGCCUGCCACCUCGGAGCACCCUUCAGCACCCAGACUACCUGCAGGAGUACAGCACAAAAUAUUUUUAUAAACAGAAUGGACGAAUCCGGCCUAUUGUGGCAGAGAAUCCUGAAUACCUCUCUGAGUUCUCUCUGAAGCCAGGCACUGUGCUGCCUCCCCCACCCUACAGACACCGAAACACUGUGGUGUAAGCCCAGCAGUGGUUUUAAUUAAGGAGGAGAGACAUGCCACUCCAAUUUCCCUACCCCCUGCCUUUCUCUUGUGGUCUUCCUUCUACUUCCAAGGCCAGUAGUUUUGACACUUCCCAAUGGAAGAUAUAAAGAUGCAAUGGUUGUUAUGUGCUUAUCUAACUUGAACUUUAGAAGGAAAGACUGGAAGAGAAAGACAAGAGGAAUCACACUGCUUCUUCAUUCACUGCAUGGGUUUGUCAGGAGGAUGCUACAGCUAUGGAAGGACCAGCAAAUUUAAGGCAACACUAUCUGCUGUCAAGGAGCCCCGGUUGUGUAGUGGUUAAAUGCUCAGCUGCUAACCAAAAGGUUGGCAUCUUGA